CUGAUUGGAGAAUGGAGCGGGCCAUCAGGGGCCGGUGUACUCGGCAGCCCAGCUGGCCCCAGUGAGGAGACCUCACUCCCGACACGAUGGCUCUGGCGUUGGCUCUGCUGGUCCUCUGCCAAGCGGCGUUACACACAACAGUGACAUCCAAGAGCGUAUGCGGACGUCCUUUCUUCUCCGAUGGCAUUGAAGAGUCAACCCUGAAACGUGUGUACGAGGUCGGAGAGGAGCUGACCCCCGUCUGUGAAAGGGGGUAUUUGCCCUCGACAGCGACCCCUCGAAGGAUGACCUGCACCGCGACAGGAGGGUGGACACCGUCAGACCUGGCAUGCUCCCCCAAGAUGUGCCCAAUCCCUCGACCUCUGCAGCCAUUAGCACAGGGGAGGACAGAAGCUCCAUUCAAGAGCGUGCUCAACUACACAUGUGAUGACGGGUACGUCAUGCUGGGAGCCAACGAGAGCAGGUGUCUACAUGAUGCUACGUGGAGCAAUCCACCGCCUCUCUGCAAAGCCGUGAACUGUCCUCUGCCCAAGCCACCCAGAGAUGGAAGGAUCGCCUACGACCGCCCGGUGGCUGGAAGCACCACCACGUAUGGGCAAGGCUGGACAUACGAGUGUAACCCACGUUUGGCACCGAGUUUCGAGAGGGGAUCCUGCAGGGCUGAUGGGAGUACAACCGAACCGCCGGCGUGCCGAGAGGUGAGCUGCAGCGCCCCGACGGGCAUACCGAAUGGCUUCAUCACCUUUGCUGUGAUUAGACAACAUGGCUACAAGGAGACGGUUAAGUACGCCUGCAAUGACCAUUAUACAAUGGAUGGAGAGGUUGAGAUUCGGUGCCAAAACACAGGAAACUGGUCGGCCAAGCCAGUUUGCAGAGCUCCCUGCGCGGUGGGCAUCAAAAGAGGUCGUAUCUUCUACAAUGACAAGAAGCUCUGGAUCGCAGACCUGAAACCCAACAGGGUCCUCCAUGGAGAACACGUCGGCUUCUAUUGUCUGAACAGGGAGGAGAGGUGUGGCUACCGUGUUGCCAGCACCUGUAACGACGGGACCCUUCCCAUCCCGGAGUGCUUUGAGGAGCCAGGCAAGGUGGAGUACACCUUGAGAGCCAAAUCUCUUCCAUCAGAAAUCACAGUAUGUGCCACCUCCACAUCUGCAAGACCUGCAUAACUUCAAACAAGAUGACCCGAAACCACAUGUACACUGAGAGAAUAUGAACGACUGGACCAAUGCUAUAGAGACCGACGUCACUGUUUGCCCAGUUAUUAUUAAUAAAAUAAUUGUCGUGUCUGA